AUGAGCCACAAUUUGGAACACAACAACCACAACAUUCUCGCUGAAGCUGACCAACUCGCAAAGGGACCACGCUUUGACAACAAUUCACUCACUCAACUUGAAUCACUCGCUAACGAAAGAGCUAAUUUAGUGCACAUGCACAGGAAGCUUGAUGAGAAUACUGAAGAGGAUGUCACUAGCGUCCACCUCUACGGUCAACGCGCUCGUGGUUUAUCAAUUGGGCACGAAUAUAUCCACCGUCAAUCCAUCUCAAAUGAUAACUAA